UCUUUGGGUAGUCUAAUAUGUCGUUGCAACUUACAAUGUUUAUAAAUCUGCAGGCCCCAAGGUACGUGACAUCGAAGGAGAUCUGAUGUUUUAGGCUUUUCGCGUUUGGAAGACAGUGUAAAGCCAUGUCUAUGAAAAGCAGCGUUAAAAUUGCGCCUGGGGCUGUUGUGUGUAAUGAGUGCGAGCUAAAAGGUGACAUUACAAUUGGAAGCAUGACAAUAAUACACCCAAGAGCGUCGAUUAUAGCAGAAGCUGGGCCCAUAAUAAUAGGGGAAAACAAUUUGAUUGAAGAACAAGCACGGAUUAUCAACAAGAUUAUACCUGGAAGUACUUCCUCCUCAACACCUGUUCUUAUCAUUGGUUCCAACAAUGUAUUCGAAGUGGACUGUCACUCGGAAGCUAGGAAGAUCGGCGAUAACAACAUUUUGGAAGCUAAAUCGUUUGUAAGCCAUGAUGUAGAAAUAACAAACGGAUGUAUUAUUGGAGCAGGUUGUACGCUGACAUGCUCCGAAGUGUUGCCCGAAAAUACUGUAAUUUAUGGCAAGGAAUGCCUUCGCCGGCAACAAUUGGACAGACCGCCAACACAGACACUGCAAUUAGACUAUUUAACUAAAGUUUUACCCAAUUAUCAUCAUCUAAAAAAAUCCAAAAAAGGUCAGGCUUAAUAAGUCUUUCAGUGCUGUGUAAAUACAAAGGGAUAGUACAUUUAUGGCAUCUGCAAUAGAAACUUGACAGACUAAAGGAAAGAUCAGCAUAAACAAGCUUCAAAAUUACUUGUUAUUUAAUUUAAUUUUGCUGAUUGUAAUAUCAUAUUUUGCACAAGGACGUGAAUAACACGGCAUCUGGAGAGUAAAGUGAACUAACGUAAAAUAAUCACAAGUAAAAGCUUAAAAUGUGUUUAGAAGGAGCGUGAUGUUCUCCAUGAGGGGUUACUAGACAUUUUACCCUAGCAGAAUUCGUAAUGAACGUCAUUAAAUGAUAUUCUUUAUAUGCUUAAUAUUUUUUUUUAUGUCAGAACCAUGAUGUGGCAGUGUUGUGUUUUCGCCUCCAAUACAUGUUCUGAUAAUUACAGAUGGAGAUAAAACUAACAAAUAACUUCAAAUGUUAGAUGUUUAGAGACACCAUUAGUUGGGUUAGUAUUUCUUAUGUGCAAUUUGUACCAAUAUGUAAUAACAUUAAUUGAAUAAAUUUUCAUUUUAUCAGA